AUGUGCACGAACCCGACCCUUACCCCUCUCCCCGUCCUCGGGAGCCUCGCGCAGCCGGUGGAGCCGCUGCAACUCUGGAGUGCUCGCGAGCUCACCGCGGUGCUCGCCGCUGCUCGGGCGACCUCGAUAUCAUCAGUCAUUACGCUCGAGAGCUCGAGCGCUCUCCCGGCCAUCACUGGCAACAAGCGUGCGAUCCCGAGUUCGGGCCGGGGCUCUCGCGCGUCCCUACCCGUGCUGCUUCAUACGUGCACGAUGGCGUUGCAUCUCGCGCUCGCGCUCUCAAGGUACCACAUGGGUUUGAGCAUGGUCAGUCUCACGCGGUGCAUCAUGGUGGUCGUUGUGUGGAAUGUGCUCGGCGCGCGGGGCGACGGCGAGUGCUGUACGAUCCUCGCCGUCAUCGUCAACAGUGUGCUGCAGGUUGUCCUCUAUGUGUCGCUUGCACUGCUGUGA